AUGAGUGUGACAUCAUUUCCCACAUCGUUUACAGAUGGUAAACGUAAGGUAUAUAUCGCGUCUACUAGCACCUUAUUCGUACCUCUAUUGACGUAUAAGCCGCAACGACAAAUAUGCACUUAUGGCCCGUUUGUUAGGCUGUACGUUCACCGAAUUCUGACCAGAGAGAAACAGGAUGAUCUGCUCAUGGGUAUGGAUAGUGUGCAGGAAUGCAUCAAUGGGCAGAGAGUGAGCAAAUUAAGAUCACUUCUAGAGAUCGAUGUUAUACUCAUCAACGGAACAGGCACCGGUGAGUAUGAUGCUGAUGUCGAAAACGGAUGUAUAUUGAGGGUGGACUACGUGACGUGCGGUAUCUUAGAAGCUGGUGCGUAUGGGGCUGGUGUUGAGGAUAAAUAUGCACUGACCACACACUGCGUGCUCUUCGGUAUGUUAGCGGGUGCGUAUGGGGCUGGUGUCGAGGAUGAAUGUGGACUGACCACACACUGCCUGCUGUUCGGUAUAUUAGCCGGUGCGUAUGGGGCUGGUGUCGAUGAUGGAUGUGCACUGACCACAUACUGCCUACUGUUCGGUAUAUUAGCCAGUGCGUAUGGGUCUGGUGUCGAUGAUGGAUAUGCACUGACAACACACCGCGUGCUGUUGGGUUUAUUAGCUGGUGCGUAUGGGGCUGGUGUCGAGGAUAGAUAUGCACUGACCACACACUGCGUGCUGUUCGGUAUAUUAGAAUGUGCGUACGGGGCUGGUGUCGAGGAUGAAUGUGCACUGACCACACACUGCGUGCUAUCCGGUAUAUUAGUGGGUGCGUAUGGAGCUGGUGUCGAGGAUGGAUGUGCACUGACCAUACACUGCGUGCUGUUCGGUAUGUCAGGAUGCGGUACGUAUGGGGCUGGUGUGGAAAAUGGAUAUACACUGACCACACACUACGUGCUGUUCGGUAUAUUAGCCGGUGCGUAUGGGGCUGGUGUCGAGGAUAGAUAUGCACUGACCACACACUGCGUGCUGUUCGGUAUAUCAGGAUGUGCGUAUGGGGCUGGUGUCGAGGAUAGAUAUGCACUGAUCACAUACUGCAUGCUCUUCGGUAUGUUAGCGGGUGCGUGUGGGGCUGGUGUCGAGGAUGGAUAUGCACUAACCACACACUGCCUGCUGUUUGGUAUGUUAGCUGGUGCGUAUGGGGCUGGUGUCGGGGAUAGAUAUGCACUGACCACACACUGCCUGCUGUUUGGUAUGUUAGCUGGUGCGUAUGGGGCUGGUGUCGAGGAUGGAUAUACGCUGACCACACAUUGCGCACUGUUCGGUAUGUCAGCGGGUGCGUAUGGGGCUAGUGUCGAGGAUGGAUAUGCACUGACCACACACUGCGUGCUGUUUGGUAUAUCAGGAUGUGCGUAUGGAGCUAGUGUCGAGAAUGAGAUUUUACUAAUGAUGAACUGCGCGCUGUUUGGUAUAUCAGUCAGUGCGUAUGGAGCUGGUGUUGAGGAUGGAUGUGCACUGACCACACACUGCGUACUCUUUGGUAUAUCAGUGGGUGCGUAUGGGGCUAGAGUUGAGGAUGGAUAUGCACUGACCACACACUGCCUGCUGUUCGGUUUAUUAGCCGGUGUGUAUGGGGCUAGUGUCGAGGAUGAGAUCUUACUAAUGAAGAACUGCGCGCUGUUUGGUAUAUCAGUCGGUGGGUAUGGGGCUUGUGUCGAGGAUAGAUAUGCACUGACCACACACUGCAUGCUCUUCGGUAUAUUAGCGGGUGCGUACGGGGCUGGUGUCGAGGAUGGAUGUGCACUGACCACACACUGCGUACUCUUUGGUAUACCAGUGGGUGCGUAUGGGGCUAGAGUUGAGGAUGGAUAUGCACUGACCACACACUGCCUGCUGUUUGGUGUGUCAGGAUGUGCGUAUGGGUCUGGUGUCGAGGAUAGAUAUGCACUGACUACACACUGCGUGCUCUUCGGUAUAUCAGUGGGUGUGUAUGGGGCUGGUGUCGAGAAAGGAUAUGCACUGACCACACACUGCCUGCUGUUCGUUAUGUUAGCGGGUGCGUAUGGGGCUGGUGUUGAGGAUGGAUAUACAUUGACCAGAUACCGCGUGCUCUUUGGUAUGUCAGGAUGUGCGUAUGGGGCUGGUGUCAAGGAUAGAUAUGCACUGAUCACAUACUGCGUGCUCUUCGGUAUGUUAGCGGGUGCGUGUGGGGCUGGUGUCAAGGAUGGAUAUACACUGACUAUACACUGCGUGCUGUUCGGUAUAUCAGUGGGUGCGUAUGGGGCUGGUGUCGAGGAUAGAUAUGCACUGACCACACACUGCGUGCUGUUCGGUAUGUCAGCGGGUGCGUAUGGGGCUGGUGUCAAGGAUGGAUAUGCACUGACUACACACUGCCUGCUGUUUGGUAUAUCAGUAUGUGCGUAUGGGGCUGGUGUCGAGGAUGGAUAUGCACUGACCACACACUGCGUGCUGUUUGGCAUAUCAGGAUGUGCGUAUGGGUCCGGUGUCGAGGAUAGAUAUGCACUGACUACACACUGCAUGCUCUUUGGUAUGUUAGCGGGUGCGUAUGGGGCUGGUGUCGAGGAUAGAUAUGCACUGACCACACACUGCUUGCUGUUCGGUAUAUCAGUUGGUGCGUAUGGGGCUGGUGUCGAGGAUGGAUAUGCACUGACCACACACUGCGUGCUCUUUGGUAUAUCAGGGUGUGCGUAUGGGGCUAGUGUCAAGGAUAGAUAUGCACUGACCACACACUGCGUGCUGUUCGGUAUAUCAGUAUGUGCGUAUGGGGCUGGUGUCGAGGUUGGAUAUGCACUGACCACCCACUGCCUGCUGUUCGAUAUAUCAGGAUGUGCGUAUGGGGCUGGUUUCGAGGAUGGAUAUGCACUGACCACAUACUGCGUGCUCUUCGGUAUGCUAGCCGGCGGUGCGUAUGGGGCUGGUGUCGAGGAUGGAUAUGCACUGACCACACACUGCGUGUUGUUCGGUAUGUUAGCGGGUGCGUAUGGGGUUCGUGUCGAUGAUGGAUAUGCACUGACCACACACUGCCUUCUGUUUGACGGUGCGUAUGGAGCUGAUGUGGAGGAUGAAUAUGCAUUGACCACAAACUGGGUGCUGUUUGGUAUGUUAGCGGGUGCGUACGGGGUUGGUGUCGAGGAAGGAUAUACACUGACCACACACUGCCUGCUGUUCGGGCCAAUUCUUCAAACUCAACUUGAGGCUGCAAAUUCCUCUAUGCAUGAGGCAAUUUUGGGUUGGUUAGCUACAGGUAUGAGUGAUGGAUGGAAGAACAUUAAACGGAACGCAUUAAUUGCGUCUAUGCUCUCUGUUGAUUACAAGACUUAUACUGUUCAAGUGCACAAUCUAUCAGCGCAACACAAGACAGCCAACAACCACUUGAAGCUGGUACUCAAUGAUAUAGACAGUGCUGAGAAGGAGCACAAUGUCCGUAUCAUUGCCUGGGUGUCUGAUGCGGGAGGCAACUCACGAGCCAUGCAAGUCCGACUCCAUUGCUUACGCCCUCAUAUUUUGGUUUUUGACUGUUGGGCACACCAGAUUAACCUUAUAGUUGGCGAUAUCAUGGGCCUAACCUCACGGCUUGUUGAUACAGCAGAUGCCGCAAUUGAUAUCAUUAAGUGGAUGCUCAAUCACUCUUAUUUACUUGGACUCUUCCAUCAGGAGCAGGCGCGGGAUGGCAGGAAGCCUUGUAGUCUCACUCUCCCUGUUCUCACUCAAUGGACUUCUCACUUCCUUUUGUUCCGCAGCCUACUGUCUGAGUCCCAAUCACUUUGUGCCAUUGCCGCACGUAACCCUGAGGAGUUUUGGGCAAGUGCGGGACGCUCCCCUGAGACAAUUGAGCAAGCCAACACUGUCUUGAAGAACAUUGAUGAUCCUGAAUUUUGGCAUAGAUUGGGCAAGCUCAAGCUAUACCUAGAGCCACUUGCAAUCGCUGCAAAUGUCUCUCAGGCCGCAACUACUAGGCUGGAUCAUAUUCUGGUCGAACUUGGGCGGUUGUAUUACACAUUUUUGCACCUUGGGUUCAAUCCAAAGCAACUAUUCAGCAAGAUGGGACACAUCCACACAAAACGGCGCAAUCAACUGGGAUACCAGAAGGUAUUUGACACUGCAGUUGUGCGUAUGGACCUCAAACGCAAGCACGCAGAUGAAGGACAGACGCGCUCAAGGCUGAAGCGUCAAUUUGGCUCUCCAGCCCUUGACUCAGUGAUUUCAAGGGCCAAUAACCAGCCCGACAAACUUGCAGAGUCAAUUGCUGACGUCGAUAUAACCGAGGAGGGUUUAGCCACCUCUAGUGUGCGCUCACUUGCAAUGCAACUUCGUCAAGAUGUACUCAAUGACAAAGACCCAUUAGACAAUGAGUUCAAAGACUCUUGCACAACAAACUCCACACCACCCACCAAUACGCUCCCGAAAAAGUCUCCCAUCUCACUACGUGAUCUAUUUGAUUACUCCCGUAGUACCGGGUCCAAAGCGCACGGACUGGAUGUUUUCAAGUCCAACGGAUUGGACAAUCUCAAAGCAGAGCUUGAGCUCUACGGGCUGGUCACUCGGGACGUGCAACAAACCCUACAAAUUGACGAUUCGGCCGCAUAA